GGCCGUCGCCGCGCGCGGGGCGCACCUGACCGGGCGGGCGGGGCGGCGGGCGGGGCUCCGGGCCUGACGUGGCGGCGGCAUGGAGCGGGCGUGAUUCAUCAGCCGCCGCGCGGGGUCGGAGCGGGGCGAGCGCAGUGGCCGCCUAGGCGCCCAGGGCCGGGUUGCGGUGGCGGCGGCGUCCCCGCCGGGCCUCGCGUGCGCUCCCCUUGCUGUCUGCGGCCGGCCCCCGGCGAAGGUCAAGAUGGAAGAGAUCCUAAGGAAGCUGCAGAAGGAAGCGUCCGGGAGCAAGUACAAAGCCAUCAAAGAGAGCUGCACCUGGGCCCUGGAAACCCUGGAUAGUGUGGAUACCAUUGUCAAGAUCCCUCCACACUUGCUGAGGGAGAAAUGCCUGCUGCCUCUCCAAUUGGCUUUGGAAUCCAAGAAUGUGAAGCUGGCCCAACAUGCCUUGGCAGGGAUACAGAAGCUUCUGGCGGAAGAGAGGUUUGUAUCCAUGGAAACGGACUCUGAUGAGAAGCAGCUGCUCAAUCAGAUCCUGAACACCGUGAAAGUGACGCCUUCCCUCCACGAAGACCUGCAGGUGGAAGUGAUGAAGGUUUUACUCUGCAUAACCUACACCCCAACAUUUGACCUGAAUGGGAGCGCAGUGCUGAAGAUCGCGGAGGUGUGCAUUGAAACAUACAUAUGUAGCUGUCACCAGCGUAGUAUAAACACUGCUGUGCGGGCAACUCUCAGUCAAAUGCUGAGUGACUUGACUUUACAGUUACGACAAAGGCAGGAGAAUACGAUAAUUGAAAACCCGGAUGUCCCGCAGGAAUUCAGGAGUCAAGGGUCAACAGUAGAGUCCCUCUGUGAUGACCUUGUCUCUGUGCUCACUGUUCUGUGUGAGAAGCUCCAAGCUGCCAUCAAUGACGGUCAGCAGCUGCAGCUUCUGUACCUGGAGUGCGUUCUGUCCGUGCUCAGCAGCUCCUCCUCCUCCAUGCAGCUGCACAGAGGCUUCACGGACCUCAUCUGGAAAAAUCUUUGCCCUGCUCUCAUCGUGAUCCUGGGGAAUCCAAUUCAUGACAAAACCAUCACCUCUGCUCAUAGCAGCAACACGAGUACCAGCAUCGAAUCGGACUCUGCGUCCCCAGGGGUUUCUGACCACGGCCGGGGGUCAGGCUGCUCCUCCACCGCACCAGCCCUCAGUGGGCCCGUGGCUCGGACCAUCUAUUACAUCGCAGCUGAGCUGGUCCGGCUGGUGGGGUCAGUGGACUCCAUGAAGCCCGUGCUGCAGUCGCUCUAUCACCGCGUGCUGCUUUAUCCCCCACCCCAGCACCGGGUGGAAGCCAUCAAAAUAAUGAAAGAGCUACUUGGGAGCCCUCAGCGUCUCUGUGAUUUGGCAGGACCCAGCUCCACUGAACCCGAAUCCAAAAAAAGAUCAAUUUCAAAAAGAAAGUCUCAUCUGGAUCUUCUCAAACUCAUCAUGGAUGGCAUGACCGAGGCGUGCAUCAAGGGUGGCAUCGAAGCCUGCUAUGCUGCCGUGUCCUGCGUCUGCACCUUGCUUGGGGCCUUAGAAGAGCUCAGCCAGGGCAAGGGCUUGAGCGAAAGUCAGGUCCAGCUGCUGCUUCUGCGCCUGGAGGAGCUGAAGGACGGGGCCGAGUCGAGCCGAGACUCCAUGGAGAUCAACGAGGCUGACUUCCGCUGGCAGCGGCGAGUCCUGUCCUCGGAACACACGCCCUGGGAGUCGGGGAACGAGCGGAGCCCUGACAUCAGCAUCAGCGUUACCACGGACACGGGUCAAACCACUUUGGAGGGAGAGUUGGGUCAGACCACACCCGAGGACCACCCCGAAAACCACAAGAAUGGCCUCAAGUCGCCAGCCGUCCAGGAGGGCAAGGAGACUCUGAGUAAAGUGUCAGAACCAGAAGCCGUGGACCAGCCAGAUGUGGUUCAAAGGAGCCACAUGGUUGCCUACCCCGAUAUAACUAACUUCCUGUCCGUUGACUGCAGGAUGAGGUCCUACGGGUCCAGGUACAGUGAGAGCAAUUUCAGCGUAGACGACCAAGACCUCUCUCGGACAGAAUUUGAUUCCUGUGAUCAGUACUCGAUGGCAGCAGAAAAGGACUCGGGGAGGUCUGACGUGUCGGACAUCGGGUCCGACAACUGUUCUCUAGUUGACGAGGAGCAGACCCCCCGGGACUGCCUGGGCCACAGGUCCCUGCGGGCUGCGGCUCUGUCUCUCAAGCUACUGAAGAACCAGGAAGCCGAUCAGCACAGCGCCCGGCUGUUCGUGCAGUCCCUGGAGAGCCUCCUGCCGCGCCUCCUGGCCCUGCCCAGCGUGGAAGAGGUGGACGCAGCCCUCCAGAACUUUGCCUCCACCUUCUGCUCAGGCAUGAUGCACUCCCCGGGAUUCGACGCGAACAGCAGCCUGGGCUUGCAGAUGCUGAUGAACGCGGACAGCCUGUACUCGGCCGCGCACUGCGCCCUGCUGCUCAACCUGAAGCUCUCCCACGGCGACUACUACCGGAAGCGGCCCGCCCUGGCGCCAGGCACCAUGAAAGAGUUCAUGAAGCAGGUGCAGACCAGCGGGGUGCUGAUGGUCUUCUCCCAGGCCUGGAUCGAGGAGCUUUACCACCAGGUUCUCGACAGAAACAUGCUCGGAGAAGCCGGCUACUGGGGCAGCCCCGAGGACAACAGCCUUCCCCUCAUCACCAUGCUGACUGAUAUCGAUGGCUUAGAGAGCAGUGCAAUUGGAGGGCAGCUGAUGACCUCAGCUUCUACGGAGUCUCCUUUCACCCAGGGCAGGAGAAUUGAUGACUCCACGGUGGCAGGUGUGGCGUUCGCUCGCUACAUUCUGGUUGGCUGCUGGAAGAACUUGAUCGACACUUUAUCAACCCCCCUGACUGGCCGAAUGGCGGGGAGCUCCAAAGGGCUGGCCUUCAUUCUGGGAGCUGAAGGCAUCAAAGAACAGAACCAAAAAGAACGCGAUGCCAUCUGCAUGAGCCUCGAUGGGCUGCGGAAAGCAGCGCGGCUGAGCUGUGCUCUAGGAGUUGCAGCCAACUGUGCGUCAGCCCUCGCCCAGAUGGCAGCUGCCUCCUGUGUCCAGGAAGAGAAAGAGGAAAGGGAAAUCCAGGAACCCGGUGAUGCCAUAGCACAAGUGAAGCUAAAAGUGGAGCAGAAACUGGAGCAGAUCGGGAAGCUGCAGGGGGUAUGGCUGCACGCAGCCCACGUCCUGUGCAUGGACGCCAUCCUCAGUGUCGGCCUGGAGAUGGGCAGUCACAACCCGGACUGCUGGCCACACGUGUUCAGGGUGUGCGAGUAUGUGGGCACGUUGGAGCAUACCCACUUCAGCGACGGCACCUCUCAGCCCCCGCUGACCAUCAGCCAGCCUCAGAAGACCCCCCGAGGCGGCCUCCUCGGGGACCCGGAGAGCGAGGGCUCACCCCAAGAGCAGAGCCUGGAGCAGGGGAGCUCCCUGAGCGCGGCCCCCGUCAUCCAGCCCCUCUCCAUCCAGGAACUCGUCCGGGAAGGCAGCCGAGGCCGAGCCUCCGACUUCCGUGGGGGCAGCCUCAUGACGGGCAGCAGUGCCGCCAAGGUCGUGCUCACGCUCUCCACCCAGGCCGACAGGCUCUUUGAAGAUGCUACAGAUAAGUUGAACCUCAUGGCUCUGGGAGGUUUUCUCUACCAGCUGAAGAAAGCAUCGCAGUUCCAGCUUUUCCGUUCCGUCACAGAAACGGUUGAUUACUCACUGGUAAUGCCAGGAGAAGUGAAAUCCACCCAAGACCGAAAAAGCGCCCUCCACCUGUUCCGCCUCGGGGACGCCAUGCUGAGGAUCGUGCGGAGCAAAUCGAGGCCCCUGCUCCACGUGAUGCGCUGCUGGAGUCUUGUGGCGCCGCACCUGGUGGAGGCUGCCUGCCAUAAGGAAAGACAUGUGUCUCAGAAGGCAGUUUCCUUCAUCCAUGAUAUACUGACGGAGGUUCUCACUGACUGGAGUGAGCCACCUCAUUUUCACUUUAAUGAAGCACUCUUCCGACCUUUUGAGCGUAUCAUGCAGCUGGAGUUGUGUGACGAGGAUGUCCAAGACCAGGUCGUCACAUCCAUCGGUGAGCUGGUUGAAGUGUGUUCCACCCAAAUCCAGUCGGGAUGGAGGCCCUUGUUCAGUGCCCUGGAAACAGUGCGCAGUGGGGACAAGUCUGAGGGGAAGGAGUACCUGGUCAGUGACUACUCCAUGGGAAAAGGCCAGGCUCCGGUGUUUGAUGUAUUUGAAGCCUUUCUCAAUACCGACAACAUCCAGGUCUUUGCUAAUGCGGCCACUAGUUACAUCAUGUGCCUUAUGAAGUUUGUCAAAGGACUGGGGGAGGUGGACUGUAAAGAAAUCGGAGACUGUGUCCCAGGACCCGGAGCCACGUCCCCAGACCUGUGCCUCCCUGCCCUGGAUUACCUCAGGCGCUGUUCUCAGUUGUUGGCCAAAAUCUACAAAAUGCCCUUGAAGCCAAUAUUCCUUAGUGGGCGACUCGCUAGCUUGCCCCGAAGACUUCAGGAGCAGUCGGCAAGCAGUGAGGAUGGAAUUGAGUCAGUCUUGUCUGACUUUGAUGAUGACACUGGUCUGAUAGAAGUCUGGAUCAUCCUGCUGGAGCAGCUCACAGCAGCUGUGUCUAACUGUCCACGUCAGCACCAACCCCCGACCUUAGAUUUGCUCUUUGAGCUGUUGAGAGAUGUUACCAAAACACCUGGACCAGGGUUUGGCAUCUAUGCAGUUGUUCACCUUCUCCUUCCCGUGAUGUCCCUUUGGCUUCGCCGUAGCCAUAACGACCAUUCUUACUGGGACGUGGCGUCUGCUAACUUCAAGCAUGCCAUCGGUCUGUCCUGUGAGCUGGUGGUGGAGCACAUUCAGAGCUUCAUCCACUCAGACAUCAGGUAUGAGAGCAUGAUCAACACCAUGCUGAAGGACCUCUUUGAGUUGCUGGUGGCGUGUGUGGCCAAGCCCACAGAAACCAUCUCCCGAGUGGGCUGCUCCUGUAUCAGGUACGUCCUCGUGACAGCGGGCCCCGUGUUCACGGAGGAGAUGUGGAGGCUGGCUUGCUGUGCCCUGCAGGACGCCUUCUCGGCCACGCUCAAGCCGGUGAAGGAUCUGCUGGGCUGCUUCCACAGCGGCACUGAGAGCUUCAGCGGGGAAGGCUGCCAGGUGAGGGUGGCGGCCCCCUCCUCCUCCCCCAGUGCUGAGGCCGAGUACUGGCGCAUCCGAGCCAUGGCUCAGCAGGUGUUUAUGUUGGACACCCAGAGCUCCCCAAAGACUCCAAACAACUUUGAUCAUGCUCAGUCCUGUCAGCUCAUUAUUGAACUGCCUCCUGAUGAGAAGCCAAACGGACACACCAAGAAAAGUGUUUCCUUCAGGGAAAUUGUGGUGAGUCUACUAUCCCAUCAAGUGUUACUCCAGAACUUAUAUGAUAUCUUGUUAGAAGAGUUUGUCAAAGGCCCCUCUCCUGGGGAGGAGAAGAUCCAAGUGCCAGAAACCAAGCUGGCUGGCUUCCUCAGAUACAUCUCCAUGCAGAACUUGGCCGUCAUCUUUGACCUGCUGUUGGACUCCUACAGGACGGCCAGAGAGUUUGACACCAGCCCUGGGCUGAAGUGCCUGCUGAAGAAAGUGUCUGGCAUCGGGGGCGCUGCCAACCUCUACCGCCAGUCUGCCAUGAGUUUUAACAUUUAUUUCCAUGCGCUGGUCUGUGCUGUUCUCAGCAACCAAGAAACCAUCACUGCUGAGCAAGUGAAGAAGGUCCUUUUUGAGGACGAUGAGAGGAGCACAGAUUCCUCCCAGCAGUGUUCAUCAGAAGAUGAAGACAUUUUUGAGGAGACCGCCCAGGUGAGCCCCCCUAGAGGCAAGGAGAAGAGGCAGUGGAGGGCUCGGAUGCCCUCACUCAGUGUCCAGCCCGUCAGCAACGCCGACUGGGUGUGGCUGGUCAAGAGGCUUCACAAGCUGUGCAUGGAGCUGUGUAAUAACUACAUCCAGAUGCACUUGGACCUGGAAAACAGUAUGGAGGAGGCACCGAUCUUCAAGAGCGACCCUUUCUUCAUCCUUCCCUCCUUCCAAUCUGAGUCAUCCACCCCGUCCACUGGGGGCUUCUCGGGGAAAGACACGCCUUCCGAGGAUGACCGCAGUCAGACCCGGGAUCACGCGGGCGAGCCGCUGAGCCUGAGGGGGACCAGCGGGGAAAUGCUACUGCUGCCCCCGAGCCCCAGGGUGGAGAAGAAGGACCCCAGCCGCAAGAAGGAGUGGUGGGAGAACGCUGGCAACAAAAUCUACACCAUGGCGGCCGACAAGACCAUCUCAAAGCUGAUGACCGAGUACAAGAAGAGGAAACAACAGCAUAACCUGCCCGCCUUCCCCAAAGAGGUCAAGGUGGAGAAGAAGGGAGAGCCACUGGGGCCCAGGGGCCAAGGCUCCCCGCUGCUCCAGCGGCCCCAGCACCUGAUGGACCAGGGGCAGAUGCGGCACUCCUUCAGCGCUGGCCCCGAGCUGCUGCGCCAGGAGAAGAGGCCCCGCUCGGGCUCCACCGGCAGCUCCCGGAGUGUCUCCGCAAGGGACGCCGAAGCCCAGAUCCAGGCAUGGACCAACAUGGUGCUAACAGUUCUCAAUCAGAUUCAGAUCCUUCCAGACCAGACCUUCACAGCGCUCCAACCAGCAGUGUUCCCAUGCAUCAGCCAGCUGACCUGUCACGUGACUGACAUCAGAGUUCGCCAGGCUGUGAGAGAAUGGCUCGGCAGAGUGGGCCGUGUCUAUGACAUCAUUGUGUAGAAGACUCACAUUCCAUUCCCAAGGAAAUACACUAGGAGGGUUUAGAGUAUGCCUGCCAAUCCAGCUGAUAGCAUUUUCCCCCCCACCAGCCCCAGUGACUCAGAGAACACCCAGUUGCUCCCUAACUAAUCAGCAUCGGGGCCAUUCUGGAUACUAAGGUUGUAUCUGGAUGACACAAGUGAAACUCUAAAUUUGCACAUAAUUUCAGAAGACUCUACAUUCCUUGACACAUUUCUAAAUCUUAUUUCCCAAUGCUUUUGCCUGCAAUAUUAUCCCCAAAUGAGUCACUUUUAAGGGCCACUCCUUUGAAAACAUUACAUUGAUCCAUCAUUUUUAAAAAUGCAAUAGCUAAAGAAAUAUCUGCUGGUUAAGUCAAGCUGAUGUACACAUAGACAUCUAGUACCAGACAUGAUUAAUUGGAGGAAGAUUUAUAUUAUGAUUAUGAGUUCGGCAGGGAAGAAAACAGUUGGAGAAAUGUAUUCUUGGGUGUCAUAAUCAAGAAAGGGAUGACUUACUUCCUCUGUAACUCUGUAAAAUAUUCCAGAACAUUUCAAAAUUGUUCCUAAGUUGUCAAGAUUUUCUGGUUGGUAUUUGCCAACUUCCUUAUGUAAGGUACUAUUGUGCCUUCACUUCCCUACUUCUAAAGGAAGGAAAUUCUUUCAUGGCAGGAUUUUAAGUCUGUGGCAUGGCAGCCUUUGACACAUAGUACUCAGUGGUAUUGGCUGAUACAGAUAGUGCCAAAUGACUUAAGACCGGCCACCCUGACUGUCCCAAUAGUCUUUGCUUUUGUUCCCAACGCAAAAAUGAAAAGGGAAAGAAAAAAUGGUGCCUUAGUUCCUUGUUGCACACACAUUUCUAUGCUCCACAAUUAUCUGAACAUAAGGUAUAACAUUUUGUCUUUAAGAAAACAAAACAACUCAUUUUAUAUCAACACCCUUGGAAGAAAGGAACUCAAGAAUUCACCGUCCAAUAAACAGACUUCUCAGGGAAGGGAGCAGGAAGUGUGGGGUUAGGGAGACAGCUGGAAGGGGUGGGAAAGGAGGUGAUGAUGAAAUCAUUUUAAAUCUGAAAAUAUUAGACAACAAUCGUAUGAAAUUAUGGUGUCGUUCAUACACACUCUAGUCUCAGAAGAAAAUAAAACUACAGGAGAAAAGGACACAGAAUGAAGUUUAGGAAAUAAAGUUUUUCAGUUUAAAAUAUUUCUCCUCUCUGGCAAGUAGAUUUGCCGUCUGUUUGAGGUCUUUUAAUUCAGGCAUAUUUUAAGCAGAUAUUUAUUUUCCUAAUUAUUACUAGAAAAUUAAUUUGGAAUCUUUAUCUUAUUAUUUACAGUAUAUUUAAUAUUUAUUAAAUUAUAAUAAUGACUGAAACUCCUCAGUCAAGCCCACUCACACACAUUCUAAAGAGUCAGUUGCUAAGACAUACGUUUUAAUUUUCCCAGCUCCUAAAAAUUGUUCGUAAUUGAAAAUAUUAUCCCUGAAACAUCAACUCUUAAGUGUGGAAGUAAGGAUUUAAAACUGACAGCUUUAUUCAGUGCUGGUAUUUGUAAACUUUGUCUUCCUUGGGAAUAUAUAACUAUCUACAAGGUUAAGAGGAAGACAGGGUUCCCUGAUUUAUUUAGGCAAUCUAAAAGAAAGAACCUUAUCAUUCGCUCUGCCAUCCGGAGCACCACAGAAUUCAGAAGAUGUUUUUCCAGUUCCACAAAAUACUCUUUGCCUUCGGUUUUUGCUCAUUAGACAAUAAUGCAAGUUUAGAAACAGAUCAACAAUUUGAUGUUAACAAGCAAUGAAUCGUUGGGAUAGCAAUGAGUUGGUUCUAUACUUUAGAUUUUUUAUAUUUUGUAAGUAGAAUUGAAAGUUGGGUAGAUCCUUUUUUUUUUUUUUUUUUUUAGACAAAAGCAGUACACCAUUGUUGUUUUGUUUCUUUUUGUAGCUCAUCUAAGGUUCAUUUCCUUUUGAGCCUGUGAGUAUUCCACAAUUUACGGGGGUGGGGGGAGCUUCAGCAAAGCAGAGUAUUAUCAAAUCAGAGUAAUUACAAAAUGUUUAUAUCUAGCAACUUUUUAUAAAGUAUAAAAAUUCAAAGGAAGCCAGUCUCAAUUUAUGAAGGUCAUGUCCUGGAAGUUGUUAACCGUUUAGAAGUCAGAAUUCAUUGUCUUGGCAGAUUCUCUAUUGUGGGAUUCAUGACUAGCUUAUGAAAACAAGUUUACCCCAUUCUGUAUUCAAACACUGCUCUAGUACCAGCCUAAUUAUGGAUCCCAAGAAUAAAAGAUAAGAGGAUGAACAUCGUUCUUUACCUACAAUUUUGUCAGAGGGUUUUGGUCCCUUCCCGUCAUCUUUUCUGUAGACCACCCCUCCGGCCCACAGCAGUCUUCAACCCACCUCCAUUCCCAACACACCCUGUGCAUCACAUCCAUGUCAGAUUUCAGCUGGAAAAUUAGCUAAGUCACAGUAAUACUUCUCAGAGGUAUUUGCAGUUUUCAAAAAGGACAUCGCUUGAUGCAAAUAAUCUCCGAGGAAUAGUACACUUCAGGUCAUAGCGAAGUCAGUCAAAUCUUCCCAGGGGUGAAGAAAGGGACAUAUGUAAAAACCCUUAGUAGAUGAGUGGUCCCUCCCCACACUGCCCCAUCAGUCCCUCACUCUUCCUGGUGUGUCCGUUUCUGCCUUUCCGCAUCUCUUCUUUCAUUCCCUCCCAUGGUCUCUGAAAGACCAAGGUCAAGACAAGCCUUUGUAGUUGCAAUAGCUAUUACCAUAUAUUUUCAGAUCUAAGCAGAAUGAGAUUUUUAUUGCUUUUAGUUGCCUGUAUUUACUGCCAAAAGUGUGUUACCCUCUGGUUGAGAUUUAUUCUUUUUCUAAUGUUUUGGUAAAGUGUUCAUCUUUUCCAAAGUGAGGAAGCACCCUAGAAAACUCAAAGUGCAAAAGAAUUCCUGACUGAAUAGCCCAGCCAAGUACACCACACUCUGCAACAGAUUUCUCCUUGCCAUAGGAGGACUUAGAUUUGAUGGAGGGCUAAUAAAUUGUUCAUAGGAUCUCUCACCUCUUGCAUCUCCUGAUCAGCUUUGACAGAUGCUUAGGCUGUCUCUUUACACCCUCUUGUCAUCUCUCCCCUUAUGAUUAUUUUCCUGCCUUCUCCAUCAAUACAAAACUAGGGCAACUUUUACCACUUUUAGGCUAUUUAAUGACUGACCAAGGCAGAUGCUAACAUGUAAAACAGCUCAGACUAAUCAAACAUGACAAAAUGUUAUCAUAAUUCCAAAGUACCUUUAAAUUGAAACUUCUUGGUACAGCGAUCACUAGGCUUUGUUGUUGCUGUUCUUGUUGUUCCAAGGAGAAGGCUUAUACAGAGUCAGUUGAGAGAGUCAAAUAGCCUUAACUAUAAGAAGGUAAUGCAAUUAUAUAAUAGAUAUUUUUGACUUCCCCAAAUACAUCAUAGUAUUGCUUAUGUAGGAAAGUUUUCUUUCUCAGAAAGAAAAAUCCAUUUGUGUCAGUCCUAUCAAACCAAGCAAAAUGAAGACCUCUGUUUGGAGCUGAUAACAAUAGCAAGAGGUUACAAACAGCAGCGGGGGGAAGGUGACAUCAUUGAGUGCCUCUGAGAAUGUGGACCUUUACCUACAUACCAUAUUUAAUUCCCACAAUAACAUUGUGAACAGGUAUUGUUGUCCUCAUUUUUUCAGAUGAGGAUGCAGACCCAGAGAGGUUCAGAAACUUGCCCAAGAUAACCCAUAAAUGGCAAAGUUGGUUGCAAAAGAGAUGUUCCUGAAUUCAAAGGCCAGGCUCUCUCUACCACACCAUGUCUAAGUGCACAGUGUAAACACUUCAGUGUUUCAAGGAAUUAAACAGUUAAAAUGAGUUGAAGAUAUUACAUUGAUGUCCCUAUCUAUAAUGUUAUGGGGAUUUUUCAGUAGGGUUAAAAGAAAAAGAUAGUGUUUAGGCAUAGUAAGGUCAUAUAUAACAAUAUUUUUAUGUUUGAAAAUAAAGAAAACAAAAUCUAAACUUUAGUCUUAAAGCAGAUCCUCAGUGGUAAUUUAGGAAACUCACCAAAUUAGGUGGAAAUGAUGGAAUAAUAUUGUCCAUGGCCAGCUAUUAUGUGGAAAAACAUGACAGUCUGUGUCUGGAAUGACAGGAACAAUUUGUUGACCUUUACCAAUUACCAUUUAAUCACUCAGAAUAAAGUGCCCUGCAGCCAACAGUGCCUCUCUACUUGCUUCCCCUGGAAGUAUAUAGGACUAAAUUGUAGGUCAUCAUCAAACUUUGGGAAUAUGCAAAAUAAAUGACCAUUUUUCAAAAUGCACAUUCUCUGAAGAAGAAGCAACUGGUCAGACAAGAUUGCUUAAAGAUUCAGGUACUGAGGGCAUCAGGUCAAUAUCUAUAGUAACCAUGUGCCAUGACACCUAAAUAUUUCUACUUGCCUUGUAGACAAGGAAACAAGCAGAAGGAAAAAUCCAACAUAAUGCAUUAAGUGAAUGACAGAACUUACAUCUGCUUGGGUACCAUUUAGGAAGAUUUAGUGUGGCCUUAAAAAAGCAAAAGACUAUUUUUAAGCACUUUUUAUUGAAUAUAUGAGCUUGUUUAUGGCAAGAUUUAUGAAAUUGGGUAAAGAAGUCAUUUAUAAUUAUGCCUCAUCCAAAAAAAAUGUGUUCUCCUUCAUGAGUUCAGCAAUCUAGAAAACUUUGUCUCUGUCUUUCGUGAGAUCCCUUCCCUCUGGCUGUAUUGUAAUAUUUGUAUUUGAUGUGGAAGUAACUAAUAACUUAAUUAAGGUUUUGGAUUAAAACACCAUUUAGAUUUCCAAAAUACAAUUAUUACUUCAGGGAAGAUAGACUAAAAAAAAAAAAUCAUCCCCUGGGAUAAUGUAGGAGAAACUUACUUGAGAACAAUGCCUAAUUUCCUUGUAAAGAGGGGAAGUACUUAUCAAUUGAAGAACAACCCACUACCACACCGCUAGCACCAUCCAAAACCUUUCCCCUCUAUCUUUGUGUGAUAAUGCAAGGGGGGUCUAGGGAGGAGAGACUAGCUAGCUGGCCAUCUUAGUGACACAACUGCAGUCAACUUCUGCUGAAUUCCAUCCAAUUACAGUCCUUCUAGCCUUUUCAACUACCAAAAAGUGUUUGUACUGUUAAUUCCUAUCCUGGAAGUUCAAGUAGUGGUCGUCUAGUAUCUUUUGACGUUAGAACAGUAGUUGUCAAACUUCAGCACAUAUCAGAGUCACCUGGAGGUCUUGUUAAGGCACAGAUUGCUGGUCUGGAGCCCAGAGUAUCUGAUUCAGUAGGCCUAGAAAUCUGCAUUUCUAACAAGUUCCCAGAUGAGGCCAGUGCUGCUGGUCUGGGGACCACACUUUGAGGACCAAUACCUGGAAAAAAUUUCUAACUACUCCCUUUAAGGUCAGCCUGACUUAUCAAGCACUAGAGAAAAACUGAACUUCACCUUGGGCAGACAACUUGGAAUUGGAUUCUCUACAGCAUUGCUGUUCAGUCUUCCCAGUUUCCAGGUCUAUUAUGCCAACAAUUGAUUUUUACAAGGUAGAAGACAAUGAAUGUAUAAGUUCUAUGGAACCGUGAGAUCAAUGUAAGCUUCUCGUCUUUGUAUUUAGAAACAUUAACUCUAUGGAUGACCUUUUGUAUCAUGUUGACUUUUUGACUUGUACUGAAGGUGAUUUUAAAGUAUGUAGUGUUUUAAUUUCUUCUGUCCAUACAGUUUUGAUGAGAUGUUUCCAUGUUGAUUCCAUCACAACCUUGGCUCCUGGCUUCCAGAAAUUUUUGAGUAGUUGCUCGCUUGCCAGUAGUUUUAUAUCCCUCAUUAGUCACCAGAAUAUCAGCACAUCAAGAUGAUAUUAUACUACUUGAUGUGCCUUCAUCUUUCACUUAACUGUCUGGUGUAAAUUAAUAUUUUAAUUUCCUACAUAUCUGUAAAGAGUCUACCAAAUGGCUUCACGGGAAUUUGCAAGUGGAACCAACUCCCUUUUGAGCAGCACAUGUGCCUGUUUUAAGGACUUUUCAUUACAUAUGUUGUGUUGUGCACAUAUCUACACAAUCAAGACCAUAUUCAUUAUCUCAUCUUCCAAAUGAGGAGAAAAAUGUAAAAGCGCAUCAGUAUGUUUUGGGAAUACAGUGAAAUCAUGUUAAAUGUAGAUGGGGCCUUAGUUUAUCUCUUAACUCUUUAUUCAGUUAAUUAGUUUUGGAAAUUCUUUUUCCAUUAAACAAAAUAAGGACCAUAGAGGUAAUAAUUCAAGAGAAAAAAAAUUGAGUAUCUCAAAAUCACCUCCCUUCUAUAAACUAUACUAAUUACACAAAAUUUUUAUUGAUUCAGUUAGUUUCUCUAAAGACUUCUGUUUAAGUAUCCUGACAUUAUUUAAACUGUUAUGUAAGUAGAAAGUAAUGACUAUAUUUACUAGAAUUAGUGAGAUGAGAAAGCACAUCAGUGUUAAUGAUGUCAAGGAUGCAAAGUCCUUGCCUCUGUAGACAGGAAUAAUUGAAGCUUUUCUAUUGCAGUUUCAUUUCCCCUAAUCAUUUUUGGAAAUUAUGUGUGCGUUUAGUUUUUUUAAUAAUAACGGAUGUUGAAUUAAAUAUUAAAAAUUAAUCUCUAGUAAUAAUUUAUUUUUGUUUUACCAGCUGGUGCCAAAAAAGGGGAGGGAGGAAUCCAAAAGCCAAUCUUUUAAACUAACAUGUAAAGUUUGUUUUCUCUUAAAGUUGGGAAGCUCACGGCCCUGGCUCUACCAGGCACCAGUGGCCACCACGGCUGCCUCGUGACUAGGUACAGGCAACUUUGUGUUCCUCCCUCUCUCUUCUUUCAUCCAAUUUUUGUUGGAAGUGGUUCUCUCUAAUAAAACUUGGUUUCCCACACAAUAGGUAAAACUGGACAAAGAUUAAUGCUUUUUGAUAUUUUUGGUUUCACUUCAAUUGAAACCGUGUGGUAGAAUUUCCAGGUAUGGCAUGAACGGGGCAGGAGCAGGUGCCUAGAGGGAAAGGCUGGUUUUGUUUCUUAAUUUGUUUUUAGUGGAUGGGUGGGGAUGGGGGCAAGAAUAAGAAGUUUAUUGCCCUAAUCAUGCCAGAAGACUGAUUCAAGAUGAUUUUCCUGCUGUUCUAAGAGGAAUAGACUUAGAUAAAUUACAUUAUAAUCGGUUCCCCUGAUACCAUCUCCCACUCUAAGUAAAGCCAACGGGUGGUAAGGGUCCUUUUAUCCUUUCUUGUAUUAUGCCAAAGACUAGACUUGUUUUCACUGAAAAUUAUAAAUAAAUGAAGCUUGGUACAGCCAUAAUGAUUUGAGUCCGUAUACCAUUUUAUCCAUAGAAUGCAAAACUCAUCCCCGCAACCCUAUUCACCAGGAGCCUUGAAGCAUUUUGUUUACUCUAAAGGACUUGUCAAGGAAGUACAGUUUUUGUUUUGCCUUCUCAUUUAGUCAGUUUGGUCACAUUUAUU